AUGAGCGAGUUUCUUGUCGGAGUUUGCAUGACAUACAACCAGCCAGAAGACGACCGGUUUAACGCAGCAGAGUUCCCCUUUGACCUUAUAGGGUCUUACCGGUCAGAGCACGACAUCCCACAGUACACCUUCGAGCUUGAGCUGAGAGUCCAACGUGAAGUGUAUGAGUUCAAGCGCGAAAUGAACCUACACGCUAUGCAUUUGGAGCAACAGCGGUUGGCUGCCAAACAGGCAUCAAUGACAGUAACUUUGCCACAACAGAACCAGCAGCAGCAACAACGGUUGCAGUUGCAGCAGCAGCAGCAGCAGCAGACAGUGACUCCGGCAACUAAAAUAACAAUUGCAGAGGCCAUAGGCGCCAAGAAUUUAUCGGCGAAAUUAACAGCGACACCGGCCAAAUCGACAAAGGCCGCGGCGCCAGGCAGAAUCACAUCUAUAGCGGCAGCGGUGGCUGCAGCCUCGAGCAUUCCUCCAAUGCUUUACUCACAUACUGCGCCGAUACCUGCAGCAGAAGUUGGAGCCGGUAUAAAGUCUUCCGAAAGCGAAUAUGACCUGGAUGAUGACCACUUGCACGACAAGCAGUGGAAUGGGCAGUCUGCUUAUACACAGUCUAUGCAGCAGCAGCAACAGCAUAAUCAUGUGCAUGUUGUACCCUUGCAUAUGAUUAAAAACAGAUUGCCGCCAGCAAAGACACAAGAGCAGAGGCCGCUGACGAGCAGGUUUAAGAGCCUGUUCAGGUCAAAGUUGAGGGCUGUGCCCAAGGCGUAG